AUGAUCACUCAAUCUUCACCUUUCCCAGUCGGGUGCUUCGUGUGGAUUCCUUGGAGGCGUAUUUUGUACUUGGCUCGAGUGGAGGAAGCUCGAGACAGCGGUUCGAAAGACGUCGAGCUGUUAGUUCACGUCCACGGAGAGCAGUUCACAAAAGACAAAUGGCUCACUGUACGUCAGGAUGGCACUGCCAUCAACUCUCCACCACUGCGACUACUUCAGGUAUUACCCACACCCUUCACAGGAAUCGGUUCGUUUCCCGCCGUAGAAAAUUACGUGCAACUUCUCGUCAUGGAUCACGAGCUUGUUCCUCGAAUCGCCUCGAAAUGCACCUCCGAGAAUGUUGCAGUACCGACACUCGUGGGGGUCGUAGUCAAGGUGUUACCUGCCCGUGACGCGUCAUUAGUAGACGUGGCAUAUCCCUCAAAACUUGAGACUCACACACAGUGGCAACGAGUCCAGAUCGGCAACGGAUACGUACGUCAAUCUCUUUAUAAAUCUUUUUAUUUAACAUAUUAA